AUGUCGGAGUUCCGGGGGGUCACAACUCCAGAGAUGGAAGCCAAGAUGAGAGGGAUCCUGAAACGCCAUCGCAGCAUCUUCCUGGGAGAUGGCAACGCACCUCCGGCUCGGCCGAGGGGCGUAGUGUGCGACAUCGACGUCGGUGAAGCAAAACCAGUGGUUUUGCGUGCGAGACAGAUUGCCGCACCGUUCUUGGUGAAAGUGUUUGAACUCUUGAAGAAGUUGUUGGAGGCAGAGCUCAUUGAGCACUCAGAGUCCGAGUGGUCUUCACCUAUUGUGAUUGUACUGAAGAAAACCGGCAUAGACAUCCGGAUGUGUAUUGACUACCGACUUCUCAACCUACUGAUCAAGCUAUCUCGUCCUCUACGUUUGAUCGAUGACCUGCUGGUAGAUUUCAAAUCCGGGAUGUAG